GGUGUAGUGAGAGGUCUGACAGUGAAUGCAUUGAACACAAGUGUCGACCAGUUUUUGAACAUUCCUUACGCCGAACCCCCGGUCGGGAGCCUUAGGUUCGCUAAACCCGUACCCCUUAAAGAGCCCUUAAAAGAGAUUAUAGAUGGGACCGAAACUGGGAACUCGUGCUAUCAAACAGUUAAUGACUUUAUCGGAAAUUUAACACUAAGUGAAGACUGUUUGGUACUAAACGUAUGGACACCUCAUGUCAGAAGUAAUACCUCAUCGAAAGACUCACCACUAAAACCAGUAAUGUUUUGGAUUCAUGGCGGAGGUCUACUAACUGGAUCAUCAUUUCAAUACCAAUACAACGGCAGUGCACUGGCAGCUCAUGAUGUAGUGGUUGUGUCCAUAAACUAUAGAUUAGCUCAGUUUGGGUUUCUAUACGGUGGCGAUGAUAGGGCGCCUGGAAAUCAGGGCUUUUAUGACCAGUUAUUAGCACUCAAAUGGGUGAGCGAAAAUAUCCAUAAAUUUGGUGGGGAUAGGGAUCAGAUCACUAUAUUUGGUGAAAGCGCCGGUAGUUGGUCUGUAUCCGUCCAAAUAUUAUCUCCGCUAUCGAAAGGCCUGUUUAAGAGGGCUAUUAUGGAAAGUGGUGCCCAUAUGUUCAAUAAGGACAGGGAUAUCAGAACUAAAUCUGAAGUUUUAGGCGAUGCCAAGAAUUUAGCCAAACAUUUCAAUUGUAGUGAAAAUGAAUGGUUAGAGUGUUUGCAAAAAGUGGACGAAAAUGACUUAAAGAAUGUCAUAAUGGCAACUACAAUGGCCACAAUUGAUACAGAAUACCUCCCGGUGUCGACACACACAGCAUUCGAAACACUAAAAUUCAACAAGGAUCUGGACCUAAUGGCAGGUGUGGCCGCACACGAGGGCUCUUUGAUAUUGUAUAGUGUAUUACAACAUAUCCCACAAAACAUAACUGAAUCUGAAUUUACGAAAUUAGCGCAAAGUUUUGACUCAUUUUUUCACGACUUAAAUGCCACCGCAAUAACCGACUUUUAUCUGGAUAAUGUCAAUAAAACUGAUCCUGAGCAGGUCAAAUGGGCUCUCUAUGAUUUGUAUGGAGAUCUAUUCAUAACGUGCCCCACUUAUCAAUUUGCCAAAAACUAUGCCACACACCCCGGCGCCGGUAGUGUGUAUUUCUACGAGAUUACAUAUACUAGGUCAAAUAAACAAGAUCCGCAAUAUGAUGUUAGUCAUGGGGCGGAGCUGGACUUUGUGUUUGGUUUACCACAAAUUUACCCUGAUAAAAGAGAUACAGAUUAUGACAGGAAGUUUAGUCUUGAAGUUAUGAAAAUGUGGACAGAUUUUGCUAAAUAUGGGUAA